GGCCAUUGAGGGCGGCCAGCAUGCAGGUGAGCCCUCCCCCCCGCUCAUUGUGCGAGGUGCGCUUCGAUGGAGGACCACAUGACGGGGCACAGCAAGGAGAAGCGUUAUGUGUGUGACGUAUGUGGCAAGGCCUGGCAGUACCCGAGCCAGCUGGAGAUCCACCGGCGGGUUCACACAGGAGAACGCCCCUUCGACUGCGCGGAGUGUGGCAAGAGCUUCAAGAUGGCGCAACAGCUGAAGAUGCACCAGAGGGUUCACACUGGAGAGAAGCCCUAUGGCUGCUCUACCUGCGGCAAGAACUUUGUCCAGUUGUCGGGGCUGCGGGAUCACCGGCGGGUGCACAACAGUGAGCGGCCCUUCACCUGCUCUGACUGCGGCAAAGGCUUCAAGUCGUCACCAGGGCUGAAGAAGCACAGGCGCCUGCACACCGGGGAGCGGCCCUAUACCUGCACCGAAUGUGGCAAGGGCUUCAUCCAGUCUGGCAGCCUGCUGGAGCACCAACGCACUCACACCGGCGAGCGCCCCUACACCUGUGCUCACUGUGGCAAGGGCUUCACCCACUCUAGCAGCCUACUGAUGCACCAGCGCACCCACUCCGGCGAGCGCCCCUACACCUGCACCCAGUGCGGCAAGGGCUUCAUCCGCUCCGACAGCCUGCUUGUGCACCAGCGCGCACACACCGGCGAGCGCCCCUACACCUGCGCUCACUGCGGCAAGAGCUUCACCCAGUCCCACAGCCUGCUGGAGCACCAACGCACCCACACUGGCGAGCGGCCCUACACCUCUGGCAACCUGCUGGCG